GCAAGUGGGGAAGCCCGAGGCGGAGGAGGGCCGCUGGGCGCAGCCCCGGAGUUGCUAGGCUGGUGCUGCAAACGCCUGGCCGACGGGGCCUUGGUCCUGGCAACUUCGGCUCGGUAAAACCUGUGGCAAGCUGGCGGAUCCAGGCCACCAGGGAUCCGGAUUCAGCUCCUGCUCUGUGUGGGGGGGUCCCCUGUGCUCGCUGCAGCAAGCAGGCUCCAUUUCGUGGUGCUCUGGAAACAACCGAGUCUCAUCGGGGAGACAGGAGGAGGAGUUCUUUAUUUGGGCCUUAAAAGAGCCAAAUCACUAGCUGGAGAAAUGAACUGGAAGUGCGAGCGUAACAUGUGCAUUUGGGUCCUCUUUUCUGGGCAAUGGUGAAAACCUGGAUAUCGAAGGAGCCGUAAAGAUUGUGACCAUGGCUGCCGAGUCUGAUGUUCUGCACUUUCGGUUUGAACAGCAAGGAGACGUAGUCUUGCAGAAAAUGAAUCUCCUGAGACAACAGAAUUUAUUUUGUGAUGUAUCAAUUUAUAUUAAUGACACUGAGUUCCAGGGGCACAAGGUGAUUUUAGCUGCUUGCUCCACUUUCAUGAGAGAUCAGUUUUUACUUACACAGUCAAAACAUAUCAGAAUCACCAUCUUGCAGAGUGCAGAAGUUGGGAGAAAAUUGUUGCUCUCUUGCUACACUGGAGCACUUGAAGUUAAAAGGAAAGAGCUUUUGAAAUAUUUGACUGCUGCUAGUUACCUUCAGAUGGUUCACAUUGUGGAAAAGUGCACAGAAGCUUUGUCCAAGUAUCUAGAAAUUGAUCUUUCGAUGAAAAACAACAAUCAACAUACCGACCUGUGUCAAUCCUCUGAUCCAGAUGUUAAGAAUGAAGAAGAAAAUUCAGAUAAAGACUGUGAGAUCAUUGAAAUUUCAGAAGAUAGUCCUGUAAAUGUGGAAUUCCACGUUAAAGAAGAGGAAAGCAAUGCUUUACAGUCCACAGUAGAGAGUUUGACAUCAGAGAGAAAGGAAAUGAAGUCACCAGAGCUGUCUUCAGUAGAUAUAGGUUUUAAAGACAAUGAAAUUUGCAUCCUCCAUGUGGAAUCAAUCAGCACCGCUGCUGUAGAAAAUGGGCAGUUUUCACAGCCUUGUACCUCUUCAAAAGCAAACAUGUAUUUCUCAGAAACACAGCAUUCACUGAUCAAUUCCACGGUUGAGAGCAGAGUGGCAGAAGUUCCUGGAAAUCAAGAUCAGGGCUUGUUCUCUGGCGCUACUGAAGGAAGUCAUGGUACAGCGAGUGAGAUUCAGAAUGUGGAGGAUGCUUAUUCACUGAGGCACCAGUGCCCUAGGUGUCCGCGAGGAUUUCUUCAUGUCGACAACUAUCUGCGCCACCUUAAGAUGCAUAAAUUGUUCUUGUGCUUACAGUGUGGGAAAACAUUUACACAGAAGAAAAAUCUCAACCGGCACAUUCGAGGGCACAUGGGCAUAAGGCCCUUUCAGUGUACUGUAUGCUUGAAGACAUUUACUGCUAAAAGCACACUACAGGACCACUUGAACAUACACAGUGGGGAUCGGCCGUACAAAUGCCACUGUUGUGACAUGGAUUUUAAGCACAAAUCUGCCCUCAAAAAGCACUUAACCUCUGUCCAUGGCCAGAGCAGUGGUGAAAAACUACCCAGGCAUGAUCUCAAAAGGCAAAAUCUAUUAUAAUUAGAAUCACACCUUGCUGUCUAUGUAAGCUUUAUGUCAUUCUGUUAGGCAAGUCUUUCUAUGGAAAUGCAGCAUUUGUAAUAUUGCGUUUGCCCACCAUCUUUGGGUCUUAUUUUUGGUUGGCCUACACAUUAUUCUUUCUGAACUAUUGAGUUCCAAAGUGUGGGAGACAUGAUAAAGCUGAUGGGAUGCUAUCUGAUUUCAUACAUUAUAUAUGAGUCCCAGUAGUAUACCUAGAGAAAUACCGUUCUUCUCUUAAAUAGUCUUGCUUCUAGUGACAGGAUCCAGCAGUAUUUUCAGAUUGUGAUUUUUGAGUCUCUAGAUAAUUGAUAUAAGUGUAAUGGGAAGAGAAAAUAAAGUUUUCUCUAUUUUUCAUUAUUAGUCAUUUCACUAUUAUUCAUUAUUAGUCAUUUUAAGGACUAGUGAAAUUUUUUUUUCAACCAACUAUUGGAUUAUAAACUAAACACAAAGGUGUACCUACUGUUUUAAACUAUAAAGGAACACAAUUCAACUUUACUUGGGAGUAGCAGAAUUCCCUAAUAUUCCUUAAAAUGUUAUUUCCAUGGUUUGUUUGUAUACAUAUUUUAUAAGUGAUUAAUUGGGCCUAAAUUUCUUGAAUUUAUUUAAUGCAGUUACAUUUAGUAAUUUUGUGGCCAGUAAAAUUGGCUUGAAUACCAUUGGCUUGAAGCUCUAAAUAAUUACUUAGAAAUCCCAACUUUACCAAAGACAUUUCUACUUUUUAAAAAAUUUAUUUCAUUUUUUAGUUAACAUAUAAAAUUAAAUUGACAGUUGUCGAUUUUGUAAUUUCUAUGUAAUAGAAAUGUGUGCUCAAAACACUUGUAGCAGACAUCUCAGAUCUUCAGAUGGAUGAACACUUCCCAUAUCUAGCUGCUUCUCACUGUUUGUUUCUUUUCAUGAACAGUGAUGCUGCUGCUAAAUGAUUUGUUGUUGAUGUACAGUAUUACAAAUUUUAAUACAUGUAUAGAUAUGUGAAACCACCAUUGCAAUCAGGAUACAGAACAUUCCAUCACCCCCCCAAAACUCCCUAUGCUGCCCCUUUGUAGUCAGUUCCUCCUAAAUUUAAACCCUGGCAACAGUUCUCUAUCACUAUAAUUUUGCCUUUUCUGGAAGGUCAUAAAUGGAAUCUUAUAGUAUGUUUCCUUUUGAAUUGCUUUUUUCACCCAGCAUUAUGCCUUUGAGAUUUAUCUGUGUUGUGUGUAUCAAUAGUUCAUUCCCACAGUUGGUUAAGAGCUCACUCAAGAGUGCGAGCUCUGAGCAACAGUGGU